AGCCAAGACCGCAGUUGUCUGCUUGUAGAAAAGCUGAGGCAUACCGCUUACGAGUCACUUUCACUCAACUCAAACUUAUCGCUUAGUGCAAAAUGUACAGCGGUUAUGGCAGAAGGGGUAGUUUUCCUCGGAGAGGCGGCUUCGGUGGACACCGUCAAGGAUACCACAGAUCGUAUAACGAAGCUGGAUGUAUGUUUUGCACUGGGGUUUCUGAAAGUCAACAGUCACACCAGCGUCAUCAAUGCCACGAAUUUCGGCAACUGAAACAGAAUACCUCGUACAAACCAUACGUAAAAGCAAAAUUAAACGACGAAGAUGAGCGUGGUUUCGCUGCUGCUGGUUUUUUGUUGUGGAAGAAAGGAAAUGAGAACAAUUUGCAAGUCUUAAUGGCUCGCGAAUAUCGACAUGGCAACGAUUGCCUCAACUUUCUUGGUGGAAAACGGUUGCGAAAAGCAGAAAGUGCAAUAGAAGUAGCGUUGAAGAAAGUCGACAUGGAAUGUGGACGACAACUCUCUCAUGAAGCGUUGGAAGGAAUGAAAGGUGCACCACUGGUACAUUGGAGCGGCAGAUCUUCAAAGUACGCGCUUUUCCUUUAUGAAGUCACGUUAUGGCGAGAUUGUGAAGUUCAUGUUUUGGCUGCUGGCUUGCGAGAUGAUGGGGUUAAAAGAUUAGAGUGGGUUUCUUGUAAAGAUUUGAAAUCUACUCCAUUUAUACACCGUCAACUACACGAUUUUGCAACAGAUAUGGUUCAUGCAUUAUCUGAUCCCACCUGUGACGUUCUUAGCAAUAUAGAAGAUUUGUUUGAGACAGCCAGUAAAGCAAGCAAAGUGCAUGAGAAUACUCAAGAAGAAGUUCAAUUCGACUUUGACGUUAUUGCAGGUCUAACGUCAUCCGCAACCUUAGCAAGAGGGUUUUCACCCACAGGUAUUCUAACCUGGGGUGUUAUUGCUGAUGCUGUCACGUCACUUCCGAAAAAUGAUUUACAAAAAUUGCGCCUAAAGUUUCACCCGGACCGUUUAGGCAGACAGUUAGGGCGAGAUCCAACUGAUCUUGAAAAAGAAGCUUCUACUAAGGCAACGCAAAUCCUGAACCGAGUUUUAGAUAUGGUCAAGAAUCCUAGUGAUGCACCAGCACGAUCAUCUUCCAAUGGUGGGGUUUUUCAAAUCAUUGAUGAACUAAAUACACUGAUUAAAAAGUACACUGGUGUCACUGGUGACGAAGAUAAAAUUGCUGCAGCUAUCACAGCUAAACUUUCUGAAAUACGCCUAAAAUAGAGUGACGCAAGUGUUUAAUUGUACAUUUGUACUAAUGUUUGUUCAUCCUUUAUUUCAUUCUAAAAAUAUAACUGCAUCGUGUAGCAUUCCAUAUAAUCAAUAUGAAAGUUAUUCAAUAACUUCAACCAUAUACAUUUUGAAACAUUUUAAAGAGGGAUCACUUUUAUUUCUACCUCUGUACGUAAAGGAAACUGAUUGAAAUUUUAGUCAUGUCGGCGUUUCGGUGAUUAGUUUACCGGUACCUGUCCAGUAAACACGACAUUAUUAUUAUCAUACUAUCCAUAUUGUAUGUACCCUGCUCCUGCUCCGAACUUAGCAAUAUAAUUACUACGAGUACGAGCCAAAUUGUACCAGGUGACAGAUCAUAUAUUCGUAUUCUAGUUCUUUUUCCUUUUCAAAUUGAGUGUUUUUACGGUCACUGAGCAGCGAACAAAAUUCACAUGAAUAUACGAAUAUGUCCCACUUCUACGCCACUGCUAGGUUUGGGCUGAAAUGCUUUGAAGUUUGAACAACUGAACUUCAUAAUCAUUCAUGCAACAUGAUUCGUCACAAUAACGUCAUUUGGUACCAUAUAUUGCUGGUACAUGUCUCAUUAAACUUCAGAACAGGAUUGGUUAAACGUUUUUUUCUGAAAAGAAAAUCAUUUUGCAGUAAAGAAAAAUGAGAAAAACCAGAGGAGAUUUUUGGCAUUCCUUCCUUUUCUUGAAUAAAAAUUCCUGACUUUCAAAUCAUGAUACAAGGCUGAAAAAUAGUGAGAGAAGAAAUUUUCUGCAACCUGGGACAUUCUAUUAGGACACUCCAAAUUACUGGCAAAGACAUUCCAAACUACAAAGGGCCCAGCCUUGGAAAAACCAGAGCCUCCCUGUGACCUAAAGGGGCCCCAUGUCUAGAAUGUACUACCGUACUAGAAAAGUUUUCAGGGAUUUAUAAAUUGUAAGGUUAUUUAGUAUAUAUAAUAGUAAUGAAGGGGCCCUUCAAUAUUUUUACCAGGGGCCCACAGAUGUGGGGUUACAUCACUGCUCGAAAUGUUUGACUUUAGUCUUUUAAAACACAUACUACAAGUUUUACAUUAACAAUGGAAGCAAUUUUUUAUUCCAUUUAUUACAUGUGUACAUCGUUUGACCCCUUUUUCAUUAUAUUUUGUUUUAAAUUUAUGUCCACACCUCAC